CUUUUCGUUCUCUUCACCUGGAUUGCCCCAGAUCCGUCUGCUCUGACAAGCCUCUUCUCCCUCCCACCAUGUCUACUCCCGCUCUCCGAACCGCUGCUGCUCGCGCUACCCGUGCGGCCUUCCCCUCCACCAUCCUUGCCUCCGUCGCCAGAAUGUCGUCCAACAUCCGCGAGUCCGGCGGCUCCUUUGGCAAGCGCGAGGUUGCCCAGGAGGAAAAAUACAUCCACGAUCACGAGAAGGAUGUCCUGAAGAAGUUCAAGGAUACCCUCGACAAGAAGGCCUCUGCUCCCGCUGCCGAGUCCGCCAAGCCCGAGGGUGCCCAGAAGCCUGCCGAGGCCGAUUCCGAGCACAUCAACCCCACCCCUGUGGACUCGAACUACGGCGGCAAUGUCCGAUCUGGCGGUGGUGCCUUUGGCAAGCGCGAGGCCGUCCUCGAGGAAAAGUACUUCCGUGACCACGACCGCGAGCUCGCCCAGAACCUGCGCAACAAGCAAAAGUAAAAAAGAAAAAAAGCAGUUCUCCAAGUUUUGGCAUUUCGUCCAUCCAACGGGAGUCGAUCCGAUAUUGAAGUGGUACAUCCUCCACCCUCCCGACGGCUUGCGGCCAAAAAUGCUGCGUGUGAUCGACGUCGUCUCCUGGCGCAAGAUCAAAGGCUCUGUCGGGGCAGUUGAUGGAGCUCCAGGAAACGGUGGCAGGAAGCGCACCAGCCUCAUCUCAUUUUCUUCCGGCUUUCUGAGAGCAUUCGUCAAUACACCGGAGCUCAUCUGUC